AUGGUGUCUGUGAACCCAAACCCAGCUCAAGGUUUUUACUUGUUCGAUCCCAUGAAUAUGGGCCUUCCGGGUCUCAAUUCUAUGCCACCGCCGACAGCAACUGCUACUACAGCUUCGGCCGCGACCAGUACGACGGCUUGUACUGCGUCGUCCACGCCCACCAACGCCACGUCGUUGCUGGCGGAGGAUCAAAGCAAGAAGAUCCGGAAACCGUAUACGAUUACCAAGUCCAGAGAGAGCUGGACGGAGCAAGAGCACGACAAGUUUCUCGAAGCUCUUCAGCUAUUUGAUCGUGACUGGAAGAAGAUUGAAGCAUUUGUUGGCUCAAAAACGGUUAUCCAGAUACGUAGUCAUGCACAGAAGUACUUUUUAAAGGUUCAGAAGAAAGGGACAAGUGAACAUGUACCUCCACCUCGGCCUAAGAGGAAAGCGACUCAUCCAUACCCACAAAAGGCUCCAAAAAGUGCUGCAGUUGUAUCUCAAGUUGCUGGGCAGUUUCAAUCUUCAUCUGCUUUGCUUGAACAUGGAUAUGUUUACCCGCCAGAUUCUUCAUUUGCGCUUGGAACUCCAGUUACCAGUGCAACUUUAUCUUCGUGGAGUUAUAAUUCUGUGCCUCCAGUCAAUGUGUCGCAAAUAACUAAAGACGAUGGAAGGUUAGCGGGGCCAACUGUUGCACAUAACUCUUGCUACAGUAGUAGUAAUGAAAGCAACCCAACAACUUGGCAAAUGAGUGAGAAAGUUGAUCGAGCAGAUCCUGGCCAGCCACAUAGAGUUUUGCCAGAUUUUGCUCAGGUGUAUAAAUUUAUCGGCAGUGUGUUUGACCCCAAUGCGACUAGUCAUUUGGAGAGAUUGAAAGAAUUAGACCCCAUAAAUUUGGAAACCGUACUUUUGCUGAUGCGGAACCUCUCCCUUAAUUUGACAAGUCCAGAAUUUGAGGAUCAUAGAAAACUACUUUCAUCAUAUGAUGCUGACUCUGAGAAAGCUAAAUCUGAUAGCAAUUGCAACUUUUCUUGCAUUGGUAAAUCAGAGAAUGCCAUCCUAUCUGCUUAG